UUUUAUGAUCAAAAACAAAACCCCACCACAAACAAACAAACAAAACAAAACAAAACGGUUUUGCUCAGCAGCAGCAUGGAUGUGUUGGCUAGUUAUAGUAUAUUCCAGGAACUACAGCUUGUCCACGACACCGGCUACUUCUCAGCUUUGCCAUCCUUGGAGGAAAACUGGCAGCAGACAUGCCUUGAGUUGGAACGUUAUCUUCAGACAGAGCCAAGGAAGAUCUCAGAGAACUUUGGCGAGGAUUUGGACUGUUUCCUUCACACCUCCUCUCCUUCAGGCUCAGAGGACAAUAUCCGACAGCUGGACCCCAUCCUGUUGCCAGUGGAGACGAGUACAUGCGACAAAAGCACCAACAUGGACCUUAUCCUCUCACGGGACAAGCUGCUGUCUGAGACGUGCCUCAGCUUGCAGCCCACCGGCUCUUCCAUAGACGGUUACGCCGCCGUCAACCAGGCCCAACUCAAUGCCGUGACCUCAUUAACGCCCCCUUCCUCUCCUGAGCUCAGCCGCCAUCUGGUAAAAACCCCACAAACUCUCUCCGCAAUGGAUGGCACGGUGACGUUGAAAUUGGUGGCCAAGAAGGCAUCACUUACCUCAGUCAAGGUGGGAGUGGCGGCGGUGGCAGCAGGAGGCACAAUAAAGAGUGGGCAGAAUGACAGCGAGCAAGGAGGGGCAGGGGCCGAGGCAUUCCCGGAAAACAAGAAGAGGGUUCAUCGCUGUCAGUUCAAUGGGUGCCGGAAGGUUUAUACAAAGAGCUCCCACUUAAAGGCUCAUCAGAGGACUCACACAGGUGAGAAGCCUUACAAGUGCUCGUGGGAAGGGUGCGAGUGGCGUUUUGCACGAAGCGACGAGCUCACAAGGCACUACAGGAAACACACAGGGGCAAAACCCUUUAAAUGCAACCAUUGUGACAGGUGUUUUUCCAGGUCUGACCAUCUUGCCCUCCACAUGAAGAGACACAUCUAAGUACCUAAAAUCAGUCAGCAUGGCAUGGAUGUCAGCUGAGCUAAAAAAGACACGGCAUGAAGGGUGGAACUCAGUUAUAACCCGCUGCCUUGAUCACAUGUAAACCUCUGUACACAGACCACACACUCACACUGUCAUGCACCCAACUAUACUUAAAUACAUAUAUCUGUUCUUUAUGCCUUGCCCCAGCGGGAUGGAAGAAGGUGCAGGAGAGGAGAUGGGGUAGAGGUGAAGUCAGUAAGAUAGAACAAUUGCUUACAGUGCUUCAUCACCCUUGGAUUUGUUUCCAGCUAUUGCCAGUAGAAAUCAAGGUAAAUGGAAGAGGCUUCUCUGCAGGUGGACAGCAAGUAGGAGGGGCUUAUUUAACUCGCUUCUCAAUGCAACUCCAUAGGAGAAUAUGUCGUCUUGAAGUUGCAUAUUUGUAGCACUAACUUUUCUUUUUAAAUAGAUGGGGGUGGGGGGAAAUAAUGACCUAGAAAACCAAAUCCCAGUUUGGUAGCCAAAAUUAACCUCUUGGUUCCUUUGUUCUUUGUCUGAGAAUUCCUACUGCUCGACACGUCAAACUUCUCACAGACACUUUGAUCUGUCUUGGUUUUGGUUCUUCCUAGAACUGAGCUAUUAAGAUCCUUUUACGUCAAUACCAAUGGCCUUAAUGGCAGUUGACUGUGGAGUGACACUUGUGACAUAAACAUCAUCUGUUUGGCCUGAGUUUAUGUAGACUUCAUGGAGGACAAUAUUUUUGUUUGGGUAUUUUUGUGUUAACUUUUUUUGGUUAUUGCAUGCCCUAUGCACUGGUAGGGAUUAUGGAAGCUGCUGGCAUGACUGGAAAGCAGCCAAAGGAAGAGUCCCUGAAACACCACAUUAUAUCUCCAUAGGCAUCACCUUAUUGCCAGAGCUAGGACUUCUUGUUUUGUCUAAUGAAAACUUGAAAAGCUCACGUGGAAGCUUAGACAUUUUAUCUUUUCUCCAUGAACAAGUGAUCUUCAGAACUCCUUUUCUUCACCUGCUUAUCUGUCUUGGACUGGCCAAUCAGGCAUGACUACAGAUUUCCUUCAGCGCCAUGUGAGCAUGUUGGCUACAAUCCACAGUGAUUGACAAAUUGUGUUGCGUGUUCUUGUUAUUCUAUUGACCAGUUUAAAACAUUGACUUUUAUUUGUUGAAAGAGCACCUGCAAACAUUUAUUUUCAAAGCCUAACUUGGUUAAGCAUCUUAAAAAAAAAAAAAGCCAAAAAUACUACUCCAGUCCCAGAGUGGGAAGGUGAGACUGCUUCCAAAUAAAGUGGCUUCAUUCAGCAUUAAUCUUUUAAAGUAAAGAUCACAGUCCUCCUUUGCCAUUCAUGAAGGUGAUGGUAUAGCCCACUGAUAUAAAAAAAAAUUGUAAGACUAUUUAAAGGGUGAAUGAAGGGUUGGCUUUUAUGCACAGCACUAAGGAUUUUCCAAGUGAUUGGUCUAAAGUAUUGGUAUCAUGGGUCCUAUUUGACCUUCAGUCUGUACCAUCCAGGAUCAAUGGAAGCCUCAUGCUCACCCUUGAAUCCUGUAGAUAAUUUGACCAUCUUAACUCAAAGUGGACUAAAUUUCUUGUUUAAAAAAAAAAAAAGUAAUAUAUGUAUAAAUACAACUUGCAUUUAUAGCAAGUUGGCACUGGCCCUAACUCCAAAGACUGCCUUUAGGACCAUAUAAAAUGGCCUAUGCAAGCAGGUGGGGUGGUCAUUAGGACAGGUUGUAUAUUUUGUAUAUUCUGGGACCCUCCCUACAAGACAUGUCUAGAAAUGAAACAAAAUGGCAUGUGGUCCACAAAUGGUUGCUGCUCUUUAUACUGUACUAGCCAACUGCCCUCCUUUGACUGUUUUGACUCAUUGACUGUUAAAUAUUUCCCUUUUGGGAUGCAGAACUGAACUCUUAAAAAAAAAAAUCCAUAGCUGUAAAAUGCAAGAGCAGUCACUGGAAUCAUUGGUACUUGCGUUCUCAGCGUUUGCGCAACCUUUGUUCCAGUCAGAGAUUGAAUCUACCUGAAAGAUGUUUAUUUUGCUCACAGUUUUUACAAACACUGACUGACAGUUGGACACUUUGGUGGGGAAUAUGAUAUCUGGCCCAUAUGGUAUGAGAUAUGGACCAAAAUCUAACCAUCUUUUUGGGGGGCAAUGAUGUAACAGUGAAAAAAGUAAGAGAAAAUUGAGUUUUAGUCCAAAGAUUUAAAAAAAAAAACAAAACUAAACUUUACUAUUAAAAAAAAUUACUGGAGCACUGCUUGCUGACAAUCUCGUCGUUCUCUGCUUAUGUAUUUGCAUACUUCUUAUGGCCAUUCCAUCCAGGAGUUCAGCUGGGUUCUGGAGAGCCCUACCACCCACCUUGUGUUUGAAUAUGUGGAGCAUCUUACCAGGAUGUAUCAUGGGAGCUUGAGGAUACUUGAACCUCGGUUGCAUGAAACUAUAGAGCAUCCAUUGAGUGCAUUGGAUAAAAAUAUAGUAAACUCUAGAAGAAAUUCAUUCCCAUAGCAUCCUACAGUACAUGUGCACAUACCCGCCACUACAUUAGUCAUUGGCUAUGAACCUGUAUAAAUAUUCUCUUCAGAACUCUAGGUACUCCUGCCUCUAGAAAUGUUACUAAUAGUCCAGAAGACUUAAUUUUAAAGGCAAUUUAAGUACAAGGCUCUAUUUUAAAAAUGAAAAAAAAUUGAGAGAAAAUAUUUGCUUCCUCUUGUCACUUGAGGUCUUGUUGACAUCUUGUUUAAAAUAUAGUAGAACAAGGGCCCUUUAGAUAAAUAUCAAAAAUUUCUGAAAUAUUUGGAAACUCGUUAGUUCUACAGAUAGGCCUGAAUCAAAAUCCUGGAUCAAAACACUCCAAAACCAUAGGAAAUAGGUUCAGAAUCCAAACCAAGACUUGGAUUUCUCAGUUGGGCCCUGUCAGUAAUGGUCUUCUAACUUUGAAAGAGAAAUGUUGGGUUUCAGGACCAUCACUGAUAUAUUUCAGAGACAUCUGUAAUCUGCGUAUAUUGUGUCUCAGCUCAGUGCACUCUGUCAGUCAUUUUAUGGCAGAAAAAGCUUGUUCUAGUAUCAUAGAGGACAAUGAGUAAAGCAAACAGUUUGUUCAUAGUUAAGAUUUUUCAAAAGCGACAAGGAUUUUGGGUGCCCAACUUGGGACAACUUAAAUGGGUCUGAUUUCCAUGCGUUGGUGCUCAGCACUCUGUAGAAAAACCAGGGCCCUUUUAAGUCGAGAGCUCAAAACCUGAGGCACCCAAGAUCACUAGCCACUUCUGAAGGUCUUAGUCCAUGUUUUUCUGCUACAGCUGCAUUCACUUCAUCCACUGUAACACUAGUAACAUUCAACCUGGGAUACAUGAAAAAUGGGAAAGGGCUAAUCCUCUCUAUAAGGCUGCUUUGGGAACCAAGUUAUCUAGCAGCUUUACAAAAGAGCCUUAAAGGGAGGGCUUUACCUGGUUUCCCUUCAGUUUGAAUUCAUGCCCAUUUGCAGAACAGAAGCCAUAUAAAAUGACCAGACAUGGCUUCCAAGAUCACUGGGGAAAUUGUGUGGUUGGAACAAAUUGAGACACAAGUCCCACAAAAAAACCUGAUGCCUACAAACUGGUGGGAAAAGAGCACAGAGGAGGAACAUGAGUUUCUCUGAAUAGUGAUAUAGCAUUAGUCUGGAGAAGAGCACUUCAUCUAUUAGGAAACUGGGGUGCCUGAAUUAUUCUGGAUUUACACUGGUGUAACCGAGCAGAAUGUACACCCUUAAUGGAGUUCUGCUUCAAAGAGUGAGUUAAAGUUUCAUUAUGAGGCUUUAUUUUUUUCUUUCAAUUAUUCCAUAUCAGAUUUUCUUGGUGUAGGUGUAAAAGCCGGUUAUCUCAUAACUCAGCUUGGGAUCUGACAUGCAAGUUGGGUUUCCUUCUUUCUUUGGGGUCACCUUUUUGAUGUAUAUCCUCAGCACUCCUGUUGUGUCUCACGGUUCCCAUAUCAACCAUGGAGGGCCAUAAUGCCAUAUUCUUAGUCACUUUUCAGGGUAACAAAAACAACCCCCAAAAGUGUUGAUAUAAUAUACAAAAUGCCAGACAAUUCCAGCAAUUCAAGUGAGAGUCUAUCAAAUACUUCAAUCCUUUACUCCAGUGACCAGCAUUCUAUCUGCUGAACUAUAGAAUUACAUCCUCAGUGGUUAGAAAACAAAAAGGUGGAUAUAAUUUGCUAUUAAAUUCCAUGAAUGAAAUCCUAAUCCUCGUGUCAAGACUCUCGUUGACUUCACUGGUGUCCAGAAUUUCAUUUUGUGGCGUUGAUUCUUCGCUCUAUUAGACUGGUGUAGCAGAACAUAGAAUCAGGCCUAGAGGUGUUCUACAGACCUCUAUUAGUUUUCUAAUAGAAAAGUCCUAUAGAAUUUAAUAAGGAGGAGAGAAGUCUUGGGAAAAAAAAAAAAGUUAUGGAAGUCCCAGUAUGACUUUGUCAGCAGACACUACUGUACCAUGCAGCCUACCAUCUAACGUAAUUUACAUCACUGUGCCAUAUGCACAUUAGAAUACUAUCUUUCUUCUCAUUGGCAGCAGGGUUCACUGGAAUCUGAUUUUUUUAUUUUUUAUUUUUUUUAAAAAGGCAAGCACCAUUUUACUUGAUACCCUGAAACCAUUGACCAAAUAUGGGAGAAGAGGGUGAACUGGAAUGUAAAAGUGGGACCCACUCGUUGCUUUCAGGACUCUGUGUUUAAUUUAAACUAAAAGCAACAACUAACCUUUGAUGUCCUACUUAAAACCGAGACAAUGGAUGAAUAUGGUGGCUAGUGUGACUGAAUGCACCUUCUCUGUGACUUGAUCACUAUUUGCGAACUCAGAAGCUCUCUCUCUCUCAUUGUUCCCCAGUUUUGGGCAUUUUUGUUUCUUUAGCAGUUUCCAAUACAAAGAUUGCCUCCCUAUUUAAGCUGCUGGGAUCUUUGCUUCUCUAUGUACCGAAGAGAUCAUAACUGAUGCUUGCCAUAUAAGAAACAAAUCAAGCUUGUUUAAUUGUUUCCUUUUUUCCCCUCCACCUUACAUGUGUCAAGGUAUAAAAAAAAAAAAAAGUGAAGGGAAAAAGUUUGUAAAUAAUUUCGCUUUCACAAGGCCAUCCGCCAGCGGCUCCAGGAUUUUUAAAUCACGCUUUUAUUCAUGCGUCAACACAUCUUGGCAUCCCCAUGCAGUAUGAUUUUGUACGUUUAAGCUUUCAUAUUUGUGGGCAAAACCUCUAACCCAACACUCCCUUAAAAUACAUUUUGUUGGUUCCUGAUAGAUCAUAUAUUUUACAAAGAAUGUGAAAAUAACUAUUCAGCAUUGGCUUGAAAAACAAAAACAUGAAAAUCCUCUUCUUCAUAAGAUUUUACACCCAUUGACUGAAGAGUCUUGCCUUCUCUUACUAGCAUUAUUUCUAGUCCCUUGGAAUGAUGAUUUCACAAUGAAGCUAAUGUGGUUAAUCUUCCAAGUGUUGCAUUAAUAAUAACCUGGACAAAUUCUGCAAUCUUACUCAGCCACAACAUCUCAGUGGCAAGUUUUGCCCAUAAAAGAAUUGCAGGAGUUGGCCCACACACGCUAAGGUCUCUCAUAUGUAGUGAAACUUUUCUCUCUUCUUUGAGAAAGAGGUCAGUUAUAUUAAAAAAUGUCGUGACCGGCUGCCUUCUGUACCACCUCAAAAGUGGAUUUACCUAACUGAAAACAUUCAGAAGCAGAUGUUUUCAAACAGGGUUUUGGGUUUUUUCCCUCCUUAAAGCUUAUCAAUAGCAUUUUUAUGUAAACAUUAGAGUUGGACUGUUCAUAAUUUUCAAAAUGAAAACAUUUCCUUUUAAGUGUUUUGAUUCCAACUUCUGUAUACUGCCAGAAAACAGGUCCUAUCCCCUCUCUCUGGGUGUGUAUGUACAGCACGUACUUACAUGGAAGGAGAAAUUGAGCUACUGACAUUUUCAGUGUGGUAGCCAACUGUGCCUAUUGCCUUUGGUUUGGGGAAGGUGCUUAUUGUUGCCAGUGCAUUUUAGAAAUAGCUUGGGCGUACAUAGGAAGUUUUCAACCAUAUUUGUUGCUGUGUGUUGUGAGCUAGUCGGCUGCAAACUAGGGGGCGGGGGAAAGAAGGGCUCAGACUAUACCCUGAGAGUGAAACAGAAUGGAGAGAGAUGACAUUUUUAGCCUUUAUCUUUGGACUGUAGAGCAAAAUAAAAGUCCCAGAAAGGCCUGUUGGCUAGGGGGCUGAUCCUUAGCUUAUAUUUUAACCCCUCUCUCCUGUAGUUUAGAACACAAGCCCUACAGGCUUUGAGAGUAGCUUGAAACACUGAUUUAAACACUACUUUGUUACCAGGGCCUUGUCUCUACCAGACAAGUUGCACUAGUUUUAUUAAAUCAGGCUAGUUAAACUAAUAAAAAA